AUGAACCAACAAAAGCCAAUGGGCGAAAUAACCACGUUGAGCACAAAUGUGACCUUAUAUAUGAAAAAGAUACUACGCUUGCAGGUUGGCUGGCAGGACAACUUGCCCAAUGGAACCACCUAUAAUGUGCUGGUGAGCGCUGUGAACAGCACACGCUGCCCGGAUGCGCCGUGUAGCGAGUACACAAUCAAACAAAAACCAAGGAAAUUUAUUUACCUGCCCCAAAACCCCAACCUCAAUGUGGAAUCACUGGACUGCAACUACAUGUUCGGCUGCCAGUACAUUGUGACUGUGGAAACCUCGAAUCUAUUAGUGCGACGCUCUAUGAACGUAUUUGUCCCACAUUGUGUAGAGAACAAAUGCUCCUGCCAGCUGACGUCAAUGCCGCCGAAAGUCCAGGCAAUCGCCAAGAUGUCAACAAAUGAUAGCAUUAGCAUACGCUUCAAUAUUUAUCCUAGCGAGCAGCUACGCAAGCAGCAUGAUCAGCAGCCGGAGCAUGUGCUGCAGGCUUAUAGUUUGCAGCUGAGUGUGCUGCUCAUAUCCGGCGUGCUGCAGAUUCUCGGCUGGUUCUGCAUACACUUUGGCAACAGUUUGUGGCACAUUUACGCCUCACGCAUCUUUGGCGGCGUAUCCGCUGGCGGGGCAUUUGUGGUGCUGCCCAUAUUCAUCAAUGAGAUUGCCGAAAGUCGUGAUAAAGCUGCACGCCUAACAUUUACAAUUGAGCUGUGGCGCACUUUGGGCAUACUCUUUGGCUUCCUGCUGGGCUUCUAUGUGCCCUAUGGUCUUGUCAACAUUGUGGGCUGCCUGUUGUCCUGCGUCUUCUCGCUGCUGUUUCCGUUUGUGCAGGAGAGUCCACAUCACUAUGCGCGCCAAGGGAAUGUGUCUGGCCUGGAAAAGUCAUUGCGCUGGUAUCGUGGCAUACGCGACAUGGACGAGCGCGAAAAGCCCGAGUACCUAAGUGAGCUGAGCGAAUUUAAAGCUGCUCAAGCACAGCACAUGGUUCACUCACCACUCUCCCAUGGCUAUGUGGUGCGCCUAAUAUGCGUGAGCUUUCUGCUAACCAUUUGUGCCAAGCUAAGCGGCGUAUUUGUGGAACUCAACUAUGCUGCUGAUUUUCUGGGACGCGCAGGCCUCAGCAUCGAGUUGAACUAUGUGCUGCUGGCGCUAUCGCAAUGCCUCGGAGCGCUGCUGGCGCGUCUAAUUGGUCCACGCCUGCCGCGCAAGUUGCUGCUCUGCUUAUCCUCGCUGCUGUCCGCGGCGGCGGUUAUUGCUCUGGCAAUCUUUAAGCUGUAUGGAGCGCAGUGGCUGCACACUGACUGGAGUAAUCGCUAUAUACCCAUGAUAUUGCUGGCUACGCAGCUGUUCUUUGUUAGCUUUGGUCUCUAUCCGCUUGCGGCGGUAGUGAGCAGUGAGGUGUUGCCCACAAAGCUGCACGAUGUGCUCUAUUCGCUGGCCAGCUCGCUCGCUUGGCUGCUGCUCUUUGGCAUGAUUGAGGGCUUCAAUGCUGUCAAGAGCACGCUGCUGCUCUAUUUGUGGGUCUUUGCUGCCGCCUCCAUCUUUGUGGGUCUGAUAUCUUUGCCGCUGCUGCCGGAGACACGCAAUCGUCGCGCCUCAGCUGUACAAAGGGAACUGGGCUUUGUGCCCGCCGAUGUGGGCGUGGCCAAAGUGGGCUACUUUUAGCAGUUAAGUGCUCCGUUUAGAAGCUGCUGCGUUUUAUCAGUUGUUUACUUAUUGUGCCUAUUUAAUUUAAUGACGAAGCAACUAGAAUUUGGUAGCCGACAGACAGUUCUGUUGAAAUGCGUGUAAGUGUAAGUGUGCAUCAUAAAAUGCUGAUCUGUGCUUAUCUAAUCUUAAAUAAAAUAAAAUAUAUUCUAAAAGAAUUCAUAUUUCAUGCCCAGAGCUGCAGAUAGGCUUACUCUUAAGUAGCAGUGGUUGCAA